AAGAUGUUAGCUAGACAUCCAAACUUUUUUCAUGAAUUAUUUAACAACAUUAAGGUAAAAACUUGUGCUGCUUUCAGAGGUUAUAAAGGGUUAAAUCAUACAAGGAAGUGUAUCCACCUAAAUGGGUGUAAAGUCCAUCCGAGGAGUGAACGUAUUCCCUGAAUACAUAGCUUCCUCAAAACGAGCUCCUGUUUUGUUUAAUUUUUUUUUAACCUUUAUUAGUAGUUGCAGGGUAACAAACUCAAGCAAAAUGGACCCACAGCGACAAGAAUCAACGGACUACAUGGAUGAAUAUGCUGAAGGUGUGUCAUUUUUUCCCCAAAGACUAAAUAUUUGUCUUGUUUUAACAUGUCAAUUUAAUUGUCUCUUAAUAGCAGAUAACGUGUACUCCAAUGGCCAGGAGUCACUGAGACUGCGACGCCCUUCAUCUCGAGGGUCCAAUCACAACUACCCUCAUUUUAAUUGGAACCCGGCAGCCAACGAAAUACAAGAUGAUGAUGAUGAUGAUGAAGUGGAUGGCUAUAUAGAUUCCGGACAGGAGCCUCGGGACCUUCGCACCAUACCUCUGCCUUUGGCUCUGAAAAGGGCUGUGAGGCAGGUGCAGGAAAUGCAUGUGCCUGUUGCUUCCUCCACCAUGACAUCAUGGAAACAGAGGCAUCGCAAAACCCUGCAGAAAAUUCAAAAUAAUGCCACAGAGGUCUUAAACCUCUUUAUGUUAUGGAGGAAGUCUUUGCAAAAGAUUGGAGGUAACUUUGGUGGAGGCGUUGAGUCUUACUUCUUAUUCCUCCGCUUCCUGGUUCUACUUAAUUUUGUCUCCUUUCUACUCAUCGCUGGGUUCGUCCUCAUCCCCAGUGUCAUCUUCAGAUCUGUCGACACCAGCUUUGUCAACAAAACUGGGCCCGAGGAAUGCAUGGAAUACGAUCCUAAUCCUCAAGUCUUAGCCGUGUUCUAUAAUUACAUCCUUGACUUCCUUUCGGGAACGGGCUUCAUGGAGUAUUCAUACCUGUUUUAUGGCUACUACAGCAACACGCUAGUACGCGACACCAACUUCUCCUACAACAUCCCGCUAGCCUACCUUUUCACCGUUGUCUUCUUCUUUGCGUUUUGCCUCAUCUGCAUCAUGGCUAGGAUGGGGACAGCUGCUCGAGUUGCCGUGGCGACGGGAGGCAGCGCUGUUGGCGACUACAGCGCCAUCGUGUUCACGGGAUGGGACUAUGGUUGCCUGGGAGACCAAGCGACCAAGCUGAAGCAGAAGAAUAUUCAUUACCGGUUACAGGUGGACUUGGAGGAGCAGUUUUUGAAGAAAAAGGCAGCUGCUCUGACCACGAGUCAAAAAAUAGUCUUGUACGCCCUGCGCAUCGUCAUGGGUAUUGUUGCUUUGGGGCUCAUCGGUGCUGCCUGUUUCGGGAUCUUUGAGGCGACUGUUUUCAGUCAGGGGAAGAGUGGUCAACCGGGGAUUCUGGGAUUGAUUUUUGAGUAUCUACCCUCCAUUGUGAUCACCGCCGGAAACUUCCUGGUGCCUUUCCUCUGUGACCAGAUUGCCCUUAUUGAGCGAUAUCGACCUAGCACCACAGUCAUACUGGCUCUGCUAAGGGCAGUGUUCCUUCGCCUUGUGAGCUUGGGAGUUCUGCUGUUCACUCUGUGGGGUCAGAUCACAUGCCAGACAGACAAAACCAAGUGUGACGUGUGCCAGUACAACCAUGAGGAGUACCCGUGCUGGGAAACACGAGUGGGGCAAGAAAUGUACAAGCUAGCACUCUUCGAUCUCAUCGUCACCGUUGGUAUGCUAGCAUUGGUGGAGUUUCCACGGAGGAUACUGGUGGACAACUGGUCCAACAAGGUGGCUCGGUGGAUUGGUCGACAGGAGUUUGUCGUGUCCGCCAACGUGCUGGGCUUAGUUUAUGGCCAGACUGUGGUCUGGAUUGGGGCUCUCUUCUGCCCUCUGCUGCCCGCCAUUAACACAGUCAAAUUUGUCAUCCUCUUCUACUGCAAGAAGGUCACACUUUUCCAGAACUGUCGCCCUGCGCUCAAGACCUUCCGUUCCACCACCUCCACUUUUGUCUUCCUGGUGGUGCUCCUCUUUGGAUGGGCCAUGGCCACUCUGGUUAUGAUAUACAGUGUUGCAGCAAUCCGUCCAUCUUUCGGAUGCGGGCCUUUCCGCUUCUUCCCCUACAUGUGGGACAUCAUUCCGACAUCUUUCGAACGCCUCUCAGAAGUCACCAAAGAGUUUCUCUUCUUCAUUGGAUCCCAGGCCUUUUCCAUUCCUCUAUUUGCCUUGUCUUGCGUAGUGAUGUGUUAUUUCAUCGCUCUGGCUGCUGUUUAUGGGAAAAGUGUUGCUUUACUCAGAAAUCAACUCAAACAGGAGGGCCGCGAUAAGCAGUUCUUGGUCAAACAGAUAGAGAAGCUGAGUCGUCAACUUCAGAUACCAACAAGAGAUUUUGCGUGACAAAUCUUUUCCCCCAUUGUGGAUUAAUUUAUUCCACUUAAUAUAGCUAUAAAAACUGACUUAUUUUUUUACUUCAUAUGAGUGCAAUGUGUUGAGAUGGCUAUCCAUUCAUGCAUCGAUUUUUCUAUAGCUUUAGUCUGUGGGUGAUUUGGAUCCCAUUCCAAAUUAAUUUUGGCGAGGAUGGCGUUUGAAGACAAACAAGCAUUCAAAAUCGUAGUCAAAUAUGUGAGCAAUUUAGAGUCACGUGCAUAUGUAAUAAGACAAAAAAAAAUCUGGAAGCAAAGGAAAAACAUGCUAAUACCACAAGGAAUGACCGCAAAAGAUAUUGCUGUACCAUAUUGGCCCGAAUAUAAGAUGGUGUUUUUUGCAUUGAAAUAAGACUGAAAAAGUGGGGGUCGUCUUAUAUUCGCGGUCCAGACAUUAUAUCCAUUCACGACGCUAGAUGGCGCCAGAUAUCAUUGAAGCGAUGUUCUGUCAUGACAGAUGUCAGCUACUCUCAAGUUUAACCAGUUUGCAUUAUUUUAUUGCAAUGUUUUUCCAUAUUCAGAUUUGUUUCAAGACUACAGUUACAGUUAGACUUCACUUUGAUGGUUAAUGCAGUUGUUGCAAUUUUGUUGUUUUAUCACAAUAGAUUGGCUUAUUUACAUUUCAAAAACCAGAAGCCAUUCAUUUACGAAUGUGAUUGCUCUUUAGUUUACAUAUUUAAAUUUUCAGAUAUUAAGAUUAGAAUGAGGCAAAAUAACAUGCUUUUUCUCCCAAAUAUAUUGUUGUAAUCAUUUGUUUCAGAUGUACUGUAAUUAUUUUCUGUAUAAAAAUUAAUUUGGUGUUCAAAAAGUCUUUUCUCAAACUUGAGUCUUGAAAAAGAGGGGGUCGUCUUAUAAUCAGGGCCGUCAUAUAUUCGGGCAAAUAUGGUAAUUGAAUCCAGCAUAUGCUGUUUUUUGUACUAGCAAAAUCAAUACUCGUUAAUUCAAAAAGAAUGAAAAUCCCCAUCUUGUAACUAUACCAAUGUCAAAAUCACACAAGCAUAAUUAGUCCCCCUUUUUCAAGUUACACGUACACGUUUACUGUUCUCUCCCUGAUUACGCUCAUGGCAUUUUCAGAAAAAAUAUUGCACUUCCAACACACAAGAUUCCAAACUUUUUGUGAGU